AUGGCCUCGUACCAAGACCGUUGCGCUAAAAAGCGCGCCGACCAGCUCGCCCUCAUCCUCCCCGAAUGGCGCUUAGAUCCCGUUCCCUCAAUAGAAUCUACGCCAAACGCCCUGGCAUAUCUCCGUCGCAUUCUCAGUCCAGAGGAACUAGAUCUGACAGAAGAAACUGAUAUCGCCGUUCUUCUCCGAAAGCUUUCAUCUGGAGAGCUCUCGUCUCUAAAGCUGACUCGAGUCUUCGCUAAGCGCGCUGCCCUCGCCCACCAACUCACAACAUGCUGCACGGAGAUCUUCUUCGAAGAGGCUUUCGCCGUCGCCAAGGAACUAGAUGACCACCUCGCCAAGACGGGCAAGACUGUCGGCCCUCUACACGGCUUACCAGUAUCCAUCAAAGAUCUAUUCUCCGUUGAAGGAGUAGAUACUUCAAUCGGCUGGGUCGGCCUCACAAAUAACCCAGCACCAGGAGACAAGUCCGUAGCACGCACCCUCCGCCGUCUCGGCGCAGUCCUCUACGUGAAAACCAAUCUGCCCCAAUCAAUGAUGAUGUCAGACUCCUAUAACCACGUCUUCGGGCAAUGCGUGAACCCUUUCAACCGCGAGCUGAUUUCCGGUGGGAGUUCCGGCGGUGAAGGAUCGCUUGUUGCGGCGCGCGGAAGCGUGCUUGGGAUUGGUACUGACUUGGGCGGCUCGAUUCGGAUUCCGGCGGGGCUUUGUGGUCUUUAUGGACUUUCGCCUAGUCCUGGUAGGCAUCCUUAUGAGAGGGGGAACCCCGGGCAGGAUAUUGUGAGAUCCGUUGCUGGGCCGAUGGCCUGUACUCUUGCGACUGUUGAGAGGUACAUGGAGGUUUUGCCGGAGGCGAAGCCGUGGGAGGUUGAUCAGCAUGUUGCGCCUGUGGCGUGGCGGAAGGAAUUGGCUUCUCCUGGGGUGAAGAGGUUGAGGAUUGGGUUUUUGGUUGAUGAUGGUGUUGUUAAGGUUCAACCGCCGGUUGCGAGGGCUAUGCGUGAGGUUGUUGAGGCACUGAGAGCGGCAGGGCAUGAAGUGUUUGAAUGGGAUGCCUCCUCGCAUAAAUAUGCAUACGAUCUCUGGGCAAAGGCUAUCUUCUCUGAUGGCGGCGAGGGCUGUCGGAGACAGAUUGAAAAGACUGGCGAACCGCUUGUUGAGGGUAUGCUCGUUGGUAAACCCGAGGAUACUUUGACUACCAGUCAAACACACCAACUCAAUGCGGACAAAUACAAUUACGAAUCAGCAUAUCUUGACAAAUGGAUAUCAUCCGAUAUCGACGCAUUGAUCAUGCCCAAUACCCCCUGGGUGGGAUACAAGCCGUGGACGUGGGUGAAGUCCAGUGCAUAUGUGGGCUACACUAGUAUCUGGAAUUUGCUUGGGUAUGCCGCAUUAGCAACUCCUGUGACUACUGCCUCGAAGACGAAGGAUAUUCCCGAUGAAGAGUGGCUGGCCCAUGUUCCCAGGAAUGAUGGUGAUAAAUUUAAUAAGGAGCAGUAUGAUCCUAACCUAGUUGAUGGUAUGCCUGUCGGAAUACAGGUUGUUGGUGGCCGGUUUGGGGAAGAGAAGUGCGUUGCUGUGGCUAAGGCGAUUGAGCUGGCUAUGCAAAGGGAUAUUACCUUGCGGGCAAGUCUUUGA